AUGGACAAAAUCAAGCAGUACAAAAACCUCUCCAUGACGGCAGAACUGGAUAACAACCUUGCAACGGAAACCGAACUCCUCAAGCAACGUUACCAGAAAUUCUUCAAGGCAAGCGACCAAGUUAGAUGGACCUUACAAUCCACUAACGCCACCGAGGAGCAAAUCGAACAAGAUUACUCCGCAGUGGCAGAAGUCGAAGAAGACAUGAGUGCUGUACUCGCUCUAGCCAAAAACAAACGCGAGGAGUACAAACGUCAACUGGACGCUGAGUUCCAAGACCAGCAAAGAAAAGAUGAGCGAAAACGGGAAGAAGAUAGAAGUAAGCUGCUACAUGAUUUGCUCACACAACAACAGCAAGUCCUUCAGCAUCAACAGGCCUACACGCAACAAAUUCAGCAGCUGAUAGCUCAAAACCAAGCUACGGCACAAAUUGCAGCCGCUCCUGCUCCAGUAGCAGCCAUACCUGCACCACAAUCAACACGCCUUCCCCAAAGGCAAAUCAAACAUUUUAAAGGAGAUAUCCUUGAGUGGACGUCAUUCUGGGAGAGCUUUAAUGCCUCCAUCCACUCGUCCACAAUGUCGGACGUCCAAAAAUUCGACUAUCUCAAAGAAUAUCUCAAGGGGGAAGCAUACUUGUGCGUGGAAAACUUGGAACUGACUGCAGCAAACAACAACAUCGCCAUUGCUGAAUUGAAAAGGGUCUAUGCCAAACCAAAGGCCCUCAUUCAAACCCAUCUAUGCAAAUUUGAUAACCUGGCUCCUGUUAAGUCUAUCACAGACGUAUCGGCUCUUCGAAAACUUCAGCUCACCGUCCAGUCGCACAUAACUGCCUUGGAGACAUUACAUUUGCACACACUGGAAACAAUGCCCCAACGAACGUCAUGGCAUCUGUCUCCAGUGCAAACACCUACGGCGAUCUCGUGGUGA